AUGCCACCAAAGAAGAAGCAAAAAUUCGACAAUCGACCUACCUGUCUGCAUUCAUGCAACAAGACUUCCUUUGCAAAGGCUUUCUUACCUAAUGGGACCUACCGGCAGCGUCUUCUAGAUUACAUCGCCAUCAUCCAUCAACUCGCCGACCAUGCUUCCCACGCGCUGAAAUUCUAUCUCCUUUCAGCACCAACCUUUCCCACGGUAAAUGAAGAUACAAUCGAAGCGAUUCUCUAUCUUCUCAACAAGGGGGAGGCUUGGCAUCCAAGAAAGGAAGCAAAGAAGGCAUGGCGGGAUUGUUUGCUGCCAUAUGUUCAACGGUACUGCCAAAUCAUCGGCUUUGUUCACCCAAAUCUACGAGGCGAGCAGCAAUCAGUCAAUUACCUGACAGCGAGUAUGAUGACGAACCUGAAAGUCAACGUUCAAGAGCAUUUCAUGCAGAUGCUCCUUCGGUAUAUCAAUCUGCGGCUUGACAUGAAGGGACAGAAGCAGCAACUGCCACCUAAAAGCAAUGUGCGAAAGGAUUUCUUUGCUCGUCUUCGCUACUUGAAGUCAAUUUUCCUUUUUGAUAUUGUGCCCGAGUCACUCGAUGACUUGACCGCUGAAGAGAGUGAGCUUCUAGAAGAGAUGUGGUCCUUCAUUCCCCUUUCUGACAACCAGCCGCUCGCAUAUUCGGUUGCUGUAGACCCUCUUGCCUUCUUUCCUGCAUACUGCAAACUCUCUGGGCUGUAUGAACGACAUGGAUUUCGACAGUUCAGUGCAAUCCCUCUUCAUCGGUCUCUCAUCCAAAGCCAUGUGCAAAUCGACACCAUCGUUCUCUACCAGCAUAUCCUUUGCAUCACACGAAGAGAAGCGGAAACUGUCGAAAAGGUCAAUUUAUGGUUGCGCGUCUGUAAUCUACGUACCAAAGCUUUUCGGUCUCGCCGCGGUAUGCAGUUUGAAGGCUUGAUCAUGACGGAUGGGACCUCGGUGUCUGUAUACCUAAAGCACCCAGGAGCAGACAAGUAUGGAAAGCGUGGAGCGAGAAAGUCAGCAAAGAGUUUAGAGGACGAAGUUAAAGCGCAAUACAUGGAGAAAAACUUACCUGCUUGUCGAGCAGCAGAGAAUGUCAUCGUUAUCGACCCAAACAAGCACGAUAUUCUCUACUGCCAAGACAACAGUGGUAUGACAUUUCGCUACACCACCAACCAGCGAGCCGUGGAGACUGGAAGCCGUCGACAGCAAAGGCAAUGGCAGCAGAUGAAGAAAGAAGCUGGAGUUGACCUCAUAGAAUCACGAAUACCAAGCCAGAAGAUGAUGAAUCUCAUAGACUUCAUGCGUUACCUUCUUGUUCGCCGCGCUGAUUGGGAUCGUCGAAAGGAGUUCUACUCCCACCCUGCUCAUACUAGAUGGAAAUGGCACGCAUUCAUAAACCGUCAGAAGAGCGAAUCAGACCUCAUAUCCAACAUGCGCAACAAGUACGGCGAAAACUUCACCAUUGUGAUGGGUGAUUGGAGCGACGCCAGUCGAACUGCGAGAUUUCAGACCUCAUCAAAGACGAAAGGUUGGCGCACCCUCUUUAAGCGGAACAGGAUCAACUGCUUCCUUCUCGAUGAGUACAAGACCUAA